AUGGAUGACAAGCAAGUAUUCUUUGUUCAGGGAACCGAUGGUAGGAAAUUUAAAAUAGUGAUCCGUGGAGAUCUUGGCAAACUGAGUGUAGGAAAAAUACGGCGAUGUUUGAAGUCUUAUGGUGUUCCUGAUGGACAAUUGCUGCUUUUUAACAAUCUUGUACUUCAAGACGAUGCUGUAGGCGCUGACUUUGGUCUUUGCAAUAACGCCAUGCUGCACCUUGCACUCUCGCAUGAUGAUGAGAUGGGAGAAGAAGAAAGUGGAGUAAAUGAGAGAACAAGUGAUGUUCCUGUACAGGCGAUGCGAGAUGGUAAUCGUAGUGGUACAUCACCCCCUUCCACAUUGGUAGAUUCAAAAGAUGGUAAUUCUCAUUUCGGUUCUUUACGUGAACGUGGAUCUUCUUUUACUACUCAUGUAGAUCCAGAGAAUAGUUUUGAUGUUCGUCCUACCGUACAAAGUAGUACUGCAGCUCUUUUCGGUAAUAAGACUAGUAAUAUUAUGGAUAGCAGCGGCACUAAUACCGCCUUGGAGGUGGAGAAUCUUCAACUACGUGAGGAAGUACAACGUUUACGACGAGAAUUAACUGAAGUACGAGAUCAGCAAAAAACUCGAGGUGGUCGUGGAAGUACUAGUAAUAACAGUUUUGGAAAACGACAGGAGUCGCCAAAUACAGAUCUCUUACAAAGUGCAAAAGCUAAUUUACAGGAACUUGGUGAUGAAUUGGGUUUGUCCCUGCAAUUUGAUAUGAAUCUUACCUGUGUAGUUGGCACAGAUGAUCGUCAUACAGUUCUUAUUACCUUUGAUCAUGCUACGGAGCGACUCUAUAUAUACUCUACACUUCUUACGCAGUUACCAGAUGAACCUGCAGUGCGUAUUAAACUUUAUGAAUUACUAUUAGAAGGAUCUCUACUUGGACGUGAAGUGUGUGGAGGUGGAAUUGGAAUGUCACUACAGAAUGAUAUUGUAUUGCUCUCAUCCACUAUCCCACUGCGAUAUUGUAGUUCGUCAGCUCUCAAAGAUAUCAUGCCAGUGUUUGUGGAAACACUGGAGCGUUGGCGUUCUCUUGUAAAUGAAUUAGUUGAGUAA